AUGAAGGGAUUUGCAGUGAUUUUGUUGGUGGUUGUAGCCAUCGUUCAUAUGUUCAUGGCUAAACCAGGAGAAGCCGUUUCUUGUGGCCAAGUUGAAUCUCAAAUUUCACCGUGUUUGACAUAUCUGAGUCAAGGAGGAACUCCAACUGCAGCAUGCUGCAGUGGAGUUAAGUCACUGAGUCAAUCUCUUCAAAAUACGCAAGAUAGGCAGACAGCGUGCGGCUGUUUAAAGACGGCCGCCUCACGAUACCCUAACCUCAAGCAAGACGCCGCUUCCCAGCUCCCUACGAAGUGUGGUGUUACGAUUGGUGUCCCAAUUUCUCCCACAGUCGACUGCAGCAAGAUAUCUCUGUGA